CAGAGCGCGACCACCGACCAGACAGCUGAGAGAGGCGGACAAGCACCGUCACCGGGCCCGGGGUACACGUAUCAAGGUAGCUGCAACGCAGCAUAGUAAUUUACCGGCUUUUUUUUGACCGAAUAAUGCACCAAAGAUGGCCGCCACACACUCCAUGCUGCAGGAGCGUAUCCAGGUGGCCCAAGAGCUGCUCAAGCGUGUGGACCAGCUCUGUGCGAGGCAGGUGCGCGAUGUGGAGGGCCGGGCCAAGCUUUGCAGCAAGCUGCGAGCCGAGCUCAAGUUCCUGACCAAGGUGGAGGCGGGCAAGGUGCUCAUCAAGGAGUCCCACCUGCAGAGCACCAACCUCACCCACCUGAAGGCCAUUGUGGAGUCGGCGGAGUCACUGGAGAUGGUGGUGAGUGUGCUGCAUGUGUUCGCCUACGAGGACGCCGGCGGCACCAAGCAGACACUGGUGGUGGAUGUGGUGGCCAACGGCGGGCACACCUGGGUCAAGGCUAUUGGGCGCAAGGCAGAGGCACUGCACAACAUCUGGCAGGGUCGGGGCCAGUACGGCGACAAGAGUGUGGUGGAGCAAGCUGAGGACUUCCUGCAGGCCAGCCGCCAGCAGCCUGUGCAGUACAGCAACCCACACAUUAUCUUUGCCUUCUACAAUGGCGUUUCCAGCCCAAUGGCCGACCGCCUGAGAGAGAUUGGCAUCUCGGUGCGCGGGGACAUCGUGGCGGUAAACUUGGUGAUGGCGGAGGAGGAAGGAAGCGAGGAGGAAGAGGGGGAGGGAGCAAACAAGGAGGGUAUGGAAAACUGCUACGAAGAGGAAGAGCGAGAAGACAAGGCAGCGGAAGAAGAUGAAGACGUUGAAAACUUUGUCGAAGAAGACGACGACGAAGAUGUCGAGCACACGCGAGUUGACCGCGACACCAUCGUGGCCAGCCUGGCAUUCCCCACCGAGGUCAAGGUAGAUGUGUGCCGACGGGCCAACCUGGACAUCACUACACUCAUCACGUACGUGUCGUCACUGAGCCACGGCCACUGCCGCUUGGCCUUCAAGGAGCAGGUGCUGACUGAGCAGGCAGCCCAGGAGCGUCAGGACAAGGUCCUCCCUCGCCUCCAGGAGUUCAUGGCGGGCAAGGAGCUGUACGCGUGCCAGUCGGCCGUAAAUGACUUCCGCGUCAUCCUGGACACGCUUGGCGGCCCCGGCGAGAAGGCGCGCGCCGAUGAGCUGCUGAGGCGGCUACGGGUGGUACCCGACCAGCCGUCUGAGCGCACCCAGCGCCUCACUGCCAGCUCCAAGGUGAACCCCCGCUCGCUUAUGAUUUUCGGCACGGGCGACACACUACGGGCAGUCACAAUGACGGCGAACAGUGGCUUUGUGAGGGCGGCGGCCAAUCAGGGCGUGCGGUAUAGCGUGUUCAUCCACCAACCGCGCGCCUUGACGGAGGGCAAGGAGUGGAGGGCCACGCCCAUAUGAGAGAGGGAGAACUAACACCCCCACAGCGGCAGGAGGAAAAAGACAGAUGAUGAGCGAAGGGCUCCGACAGCGAACAGGAAGGAGAAAAUUAAGGAAGGAGACAAUGUUUGUGGAAUGUACCACUGAACAGACAUUAAUUAAAGGGGUGUGGAAUAUACCACUGAAGAGUAAUUAAAUGAGUUGGGUGACUGCCAGAACAGAGAACUCUUCUUUUUCUUUUUUGGGGGGCGGGGAGGGGAGGGAGACAAAAUAUAUAUCACAGCUUUUUGCUAUGUGUCACUGAAAUGUAAAGGCAUUGUGCUCAGUUGAAAAACCACUACUGGUUUAGUUUAACAGGCAGUCGGUACAGGAGCAUUAUUUUUGCAACAACUGCAGACAUUGGUGAUAGUUGUUGUGUAGCCUAUACUGUAUAUGCAAAAAUAGUUAUUGAUAUGAUGAAAUAUCAGCGUAUUGUAUUUUAGGGCAAUUUAAAAAAAAAAACGGCUUUGGCCCUAUGUGCUGAUGAGUAUAUUUGUUUUCUUGUAUUGCAAGUCUGAAUUACAUGUGAAUAAAGCAUCUCUAAAAAAAAAA